AUGACAUCUAUUAUUCGGCCACGUCUUUUAAUAAACAAUCAAAUACCUUCACAAUUUAUUCGUGCACUCGAACCUGUUUUUGAUCUUGAUUAUCAAGAUAUAGCUACACCUGUAUCUCAAGAACAAAUUUUAUCUCGUAUUCGUGCUCAACCACCGGAUGCAAUGCUUCUUUUUGGAAAAAUACUAAUUGACAAAGAGUUAUUAUCGAUAGCAGGAGAUAAACUUAAAAUGGUAGCGACGACUUCAGUUGGAUAUGAUCAUAUCGAUGUAAAGGAAUGUCAAAAUCGCGGUAUUUCUAUUGGAUAUGCACCAGGUGUAAUAGCUGAUGUCGUAGCAGAUUUAGCUGUUACAUUAUUAUUAGUAACGUCAAAAAGAAUUAAUGAAGCAAUGCGAGCUGUUAGAAAUGGUGAAUGGGGCACAUCAUCUGAUAUAGGAUGGAUGUGUGGUAAACCUUUGGCUAAUUCAACCAUUGGAAUUGUUGGUUUAGGUCAUAUUGGUUUAGCUAUUGCGCGUCGUUUACAACCAUUUUCUAUUCAACGUAUUCUUUAUUGUGGUAAACAUGAAAAACAAUUUGAUUCGGAAAAUGAUAAAAAAUUAUUUCAAUUUGUUCAAUUUGAAGAAUUAUUGCGUCUAUCUGAUUUCGUUAUUAUUGCAUGUGCGUUAAAUGAUGAAACACGAAAUAUGUUUAAUAGAAAAGCUUUUGAGCAAAUGAAAAAUGAUGCUAUUUUAGUUAAUAUUGCACGAGGAGGUAUUAUAGAUCAAGAUGCACUUUAUGAUGCAUUAAAAAAUGGUCAAAUUCAAGCUGCAGGUUUGGAUGUUACUGUACCUGAACCAUUGCCUACAGAUCAUCCUCUUUUAACACUCGAUAAUUGUAUCAUAGUGCCACAUAUUGGUGGUGGUGAUCUAUCAGUACGCUAUCAAAUGAUACAAAUAAGUGUUGAUAAUUUACUCAAUUUUUUUAGUGGAAAACCGAUGGUUCAUCAAGUUAACUUAGAUAAUGCUUAA